CUUCAACAUAUUAGAAAAAGAUUUCUUCAACUUUACCAACAUCAGUCAGGGUUUGAGAAGCCUUCAAUAUGGAUGACAAAGCAGUACUUGUUAUUUUAGUGAUUCUACACGUGUUUUCGGCGAGAUGCUUAUAUUUAAAACAGCGAAGAACAGACCGAAACGAUGCAUCUAGUGUGCAUGAUCAGCUGGAAUUACUCGACCAGCCUGGUUUUCACGAUAAACCGGAAUUACAUGGUAAUUCAAGAAUACAGGACCAGCCUGGUUUACAUAAAACAUCAGAAAUAAAUGCAAAAGGAGAUGCUAAACUAAGAAGUUUUAAACAAGCUGUACACGAUCAAACUGAAUUGCGCGACCAACCUGGAAUCCACUACAAACCUGAAUUCCACGACCAGUCUGGAAACCACGAUCAGCCUGCAAUCCAUGACCAGCCUGGAUUUCACGAUCAACCUGGAUUUCACGACCAGCCUGGAUUCCACGAUCAGCCUGCAAUCCAUGACCAGCCUGGAUUUCACGAUCAACCUGGAAUCCAUGACCAGCCUGGAUUCCACGACCAAAAAAUGCAAGAUCAACAUUCAAUGCGCACGGGUGAGUUAAUUGGGAAUUUGUCUAAUGAGGAUUUUGUAUCACUCGACCAGCCAGAAAUACAUCACAAAGUUAAUGACUACAUUAAAAAUUCUAAAAAGCGUAACCAAGUUCUUUCCCAUGACGACCAGCCUGGUAUACAUAAAAAAUCUAAAGACACCGCAUCAAGGAAAGUACCUUACGCCGUAUUAAUUAAACGAAUUCCAGUAAGGCGAAGGUUUUUUACAUAUCUUGCAGGAAAGAGGGAUUUUGCAGAAGAAAAUAGUGUGAUAGAAAAAGUCUUACUGCAAGAUGAAAGAAAUGACAGUUUGGAGAAAACUCGGCGUUCAUCAAGCAAUAUACCGUACUAUCAUUUUGAUACAAAAGGAGUACAAAGAAAAGACAUAGCACUGCCAACAGUUAAAAUCACGUGGUAUGAAGAAUGGACACGACCAACCCCAAAGGAUUGAAUUGCCUAGUUGGCGCAUUAAACCCUGUUACAAGACUUACAGUAAUACUACUAACAAUGAACUCCUCUUUUAGAAUAUACACAAAUAUAAAAAAUAUGGUAAAAUGACAAAUUAAUGCCAAGAUGAA